CAGAAGGGCGAAAGCCUCAGCUGCAAGCCUUAGAUUAGAGCAAGAGAGGCAAAGAGGGUGUGUUUUUGCCUAGCCUGGGUGCAGGCACUUCCCAUUAGGAGGAACAAGGAAGCCACUCCAAGGCGCAUAAUCUACGGAGGCAUUUAGAACCACACAGGAACAUGAAAAGGGUUUUUCAUCCCGACAGAGAGGGAGAAGGUUUGCUUUGAGUUGCCGUGGGAGAUUCCACCAUGCCGAUGUUUCCUUGGAAUAGCUGUGAUCUCUGAUCUAAAGGACUGUGAUUGGGCUUCACCGCAGAUUUCAGGAGUCUUUUGCGGGUCGUAUUAAAAAGCCAUGUUUAUAGGUGGCUAGUCUAAAGAGAAGAAAGUAGGAUGGUUCUGAUAUGCCGUCAAAGAGGCCUUCAGAUGAGAAAUCCGCUCUUCGCCAAGGAGCUGCACGCCACUACCUUUCUUUCCUGAUCCGGAUUCUGUGAGGAGUCCCAAGAAUGGGCAAGGCAAAGCGAAAGGUUUAGGAGGAAGGCAAGAACCGUUUUACAACUUUGUUCAAAGGCUGGGGAGCGGAUCUGGAUAUGUUCAACCAAUCAGGGUAUCAAGCCCUUCCCCUGGGAGAUUUUGACCGGAUCCAGCAAUCCAGCAACUGGCUGAAUGGACCUCCGAGAGGUUUCUUCUCACGCACCCAGGACCAGGUGCAGAGGGGAACAGAUUCACCCCAAGGGUGCUUGUCAUGGAUUUGCCAUAGGAUGGUCACCGCCUUGGUGUUCCUACUCACAAUCCUCACUUUCCCCAUCUCUGGCUGGUUUGUUCUGAAGGUUGUGCCGAUGUACGAGCGGAUGAUUGUGUUCCGUCUGGGUCGGAUCCGGCCCCCGCAGGGACCAGGUGUGGUUUUGCUGCUGCCCUUCAUUGAUCACUGGCAUCGAGUGGACCUGAGGACCCGGGCCUUCAGCAUCCCACCCUGCAAGCUCACGACCAGAGAUGGAGUCUUGGUGUCUGUCGGGGCUGAUGUCCAGUUCCGGGUUUGGGAUCCGGUGCUUUCAGCCAUGGAGGUGAAAGAUCUCAACGUGGCCACCCGGAUGACGGCUCAGAAUGCCAUGACCAAGAUCUUGCUGAAGAAGUACCUGCGGGAGAUCCAGAUGGAGAAGCUGCGGAUCGGAGACCAGCUCCUGCUGGAAAUCAAUGACGUGACCAAGUCGUGGGGCCUGGAGGUGGACAGGGUGGAGCUGAUAUUGGAGGCAGUGCUGCAGACGCCCCAAGAAACUUCCACAGGACCCCUGACCUCAGUGCCUCCCAUGCCUGGAAUGGAAGGGCUGGAUAGCACCAUUCAACAGUUGGCUCUUCACUUCUUUGGCAGGAACCUAGCAGCAGCAGCAGCCACGAAUCCACAUGAGGGCCUUCAGUCAGCAGAGCAUGUGGAAAUUCAAAAUGAAGUGGAGCAACCCACCCCUGCCAUUGACUAUGGGAUGAGCAGCAGCCAUGAAAAGAAGUUUAAUACUGAGGAACUGCUGUUGGCUGUGGGAAAGUCCUUGUCGGAGUCCUUAGUUAACCAGGUCAGGGCUUCCUACCAGAUCAACAUCCUGCUGCCCAGUGGAGCCCAAAGUACCUACUUCAUUGAUCUCUCAGCAGGCCAGGGGAGAAUUGGUCGCGGGCUACCUGACCGUAGCCCAGAUGUGGUGCUGGAGAUGGCCGAGAGUGACCUAGAAGCCUUCAUCCAGGGCGAACUCCACCCUCUGAGUGCCUAUGUCUGUGGGAGACUGCAAGUACAGGGAGAUCUGGACGUCGCCCUGAAGCUGGGAGAGGUCCUCAAGGUGAUGAAGCAGCAAAGGUGAAUGACGCCCACAAGAUCCAGCGAGACCCACGCGAGAUCCAGCCUCCCUGUCUGAGAAUUGACUGACCUUUGCAGGGAGGUGUUCCAUGGUGACAUGCCUGGCACCUGUCCAUAUGCAGGAGUCUCCAAGCCAACUUGGUUCAUGUUCCUGACCAAGCGGUUGUGUUGAUCUGCCACUAUCCAUGUCCCCCAGAUUAUAUUAAAUGUUGGGCUCCA